GAAGUGAUUGGCCUGUCGGAAAUUGAUUUUUAGUGUCUGGUUAAUGGAUGCAAAACGUUGAGCGCUUCAAGAUGAAAAAGUUUGCAGCAGACGCAGGCACACUAUUCAACAGAGCAGUACAGUUUACAGAAGAAAAACUUGGAUCUGCAGAGAAAACAGAAUUAGAUGCCCACUUUGAAAACCUUCUACAGAGAGCAGAUAAAACAAAGCUAUGGACAGAGAGAGUACUGCAAAAGACAGAGGCUGUUCUUCAGCCCAAUCCCAAUAUCAGAAUGGAAGAUUUCUUCUAUGAAAAAUUGGACAAAAAGAAACGAGACAGAAACAAUCACCAGGAACAGCUCGGCAAUACGAUGAUAGACACAGGCAACGACUACGGCCCGGGGACGUCAUAUGGUAAUGCACUGGUCAAGUCGGGACAGACACAGAUACAGAUAGGUAAUGCUGAGCGAGAGUUCACUCAGGCCACCAUAAAUAACUUCCUACAACCCCUCAAAAGCUUCCUGGAGGGAGACAUGAAAACGAUACAGAAAGAAAAAAAGAUUUUAGAAGUAAAACGAUUAGACUUAGAUGCUUCCAAAAACAGGUUGAGAAAAGCGAAAUCUACAGCAAGUCAGCAACAGCCUAACUCCACUACCAACACCCUGACCCUCGUAGAGGAUGAUGUCAUUGCUCGAGCUGAAGCAGACUUACGAGUUGCCCAGGCCGAGUUUGACAGACAAGCAGAAAUUACCAAGCUACUGUUGGAGGGUGUCAGCAGUGCUCAUGCCCAUCACUUACGAUGUCUGAAUGACUUUAUCGAGGCCCAGACGACCUACUAUGCCCAAUGUUUACAGUACAUGCAGGACCUGCAGAGGCAGCUUGGAAGUAGUUCUGAGGGGGAAUCAAGUUACAGUGUUGGUGGCGGAAACACUGCGCCAAAUACCUUGGGUCCAGGUAUUUCAAAUAACUUUUCCACAGACCCCACCAUACCUAGUGCACCUCCCAUGAUACAAGUCAUAGCCGCUACUCCAAAUACAGAGAAAAAACAGGCCCGUGUUCUUUAUGACUACGACUCAGCCGAUAGCUCAGAGCUCUCCUUAUUGGCUGAUGAGCUAAUAACAGUUUAUCGACUUCCGGGUUUGGAUCCUGAUUGGUUAAUGGCAGAAAGAGGCCCUCAGAAGGGAAAAGUACCAAGUACAUAUUUGGAAGUAUUAGAAUGAUGCUACGUCUGUGAAUAGAUGAAAAAUCAUUAUUGACCACGCUGUUUUCACAAGUGAUUUUUAUAGAAUGGUUUUACCAUUUGGAAUCAAUUCUCCACAGACCUUUUAGACAUCUUCACAAUUUUACAUUAUCAUUGGACAAUUAAGUACCUGAAGUAUGUGUUGUUAUGUUUUUGUCAGUAAGCAUGCACUCAAUUUAGGAUUAUAUAUGUACAAGAUUAAUUAACUUAUUCAUGUUAUCCUUUGAACUUGUAUGUGUGACCAGAAAUCAAAGGAUACCUGAACAAAAACAUCAGUCAUUUUUGUGACCCUGAUUUCUGACUUUUCCUUCAUAGGUAAAUCAGAGGUCAGUAAGUUGUGAUGAUGACCUUCACAGAUAAUAAACAGACUUAAGAGGUAAAUUAGAGGUCAGUUUUUUAUGAGGAACUUCACAGAUAAAAAACAUAUAUAUAUAGGUAAAUUAGAGGUCAGUAAGUUGUGAUGAUGACCUUCACAGAUAAUAAACAGAGGUAAAUUAGAGGUCAGUUUUUUUUUUAUGAUGACCUUCACAGAUAAUAAACAUAUAUAUAGGUAAAUUAGAGGUCAGUAAUUUGUGAUGAUGACCUUCACAGAUAAAAAACAUAAUUAUAUAUAUAGGUAAAUUAGAGGUCAGUAAUUUGUGAUGAUGACCUUCACAGAUAGAAGCCAAGGUAACAUCAGGUGGUUGACAUUAUAUAGUUGAAGUUGUGUACAAUGACAUCAGUUGAGGGUUUGAGAAGACAUGGAUGCAAGCCUCUGAAAGAUAAAGAUUUUUGGUUUUAGUUUUGGUGAAGGCGUCAAUGUUGAUUAUACUUCAGUUUUUAUGCUUAAAGCUUAACUCUUAAAAAAUGAUUGUUUUUAAUUUUACAUCUGUUGAAAACAGACAUUAUAAAGUACACUGAACUUUUUUCAGAUUAUUUAAUAGAUUGUGUGAUUUUGGGAGGCUUUUAUAUAUAGCAAAGUUCUUAAUAUAAUAUAUGGUGCCACUUGAACGUUGAUUGGAUGUAGUUUUACUAUUUUAUAACUUUGCUAAUUUUGUUUUAUUUCCUUAAUGAUUGCUUACUAAGAUUUCACCAGAGUUUUAGUACCUCAUUUAGAGGAUCACACUUGUUAUCAUUUUAUCUCCAUGGAUCUGCUGUUUUAUCAUUGAUACAGAAACAUAAUGUCCCUAUCAUCGAUAACACUCAUGUCAUUAAGAUGUUUAGAUCGUUGUUGAUCAUUAAGAUGUGAUUCAAUACUGACAAGUAAACAGCAUUCCAUGUUGUUUUAGCUACAGUAAUCCCCGCUGUGUCAGUGUUAUCGUCAGUCAGCUGUGACAGACUCAGUGUUAUCGUCAGUCAGCUGUGACAGACUCAGUGUUAUCGUCAGUCAGCUGUGACAGACUCAUUGUUAUCGUCAGUCAGCUGUGACAGACUCAUUGUUAUCGUCAGUCAGCUGUGACAGACUCAGUGUUAUCGUCAGUCAGCUGUGACAGACUCAGUGUUAUCGUCAGUCAGCUGUGACAGACUCAUUGUUAUCGUCAGUCAGCUGUGACAGACUCAUUGUUAUCGUCAGUCAGCUGUGACAGACUCGGCGUUAUCGUCAGUCAGCUGUGACAGACUCGGUGUUAUCGUCAGUCAGCUGUGACAGACUCAGUGUUAUCGUCAGUCAGCUGUGACAGACUCGGUGUUAUCAUCAGUCAGCUUUGACAGACUCGGUGUUAUCGUCAGUCAGCUGUGACAGACUCGGUGUUAUCGUCAGUCAGCUGUGACAGACUCGGUGUUAUCGUCAGUCAGCUGUGACAGACUCGGUGUUAUCGUCAGUCAGCUGUGACAGACUCGGUGUUAUCGUCAGUCAGCUGUGACAGACUCGGUGUUAUCGUCAGUCAGCUUUGACAGACUCGGUGUUAUCGUCAGUCAGCUGUGACAGACUCGGUGUUAUCGUCAGUCAGCUGUGACAGACUCAGUGUUAUCGUCGGUCAGCUUUGACAGACUCAGUGUUAUCGUCAGUCAGCUGUGACAGACUCAGUGUUAUCGUCAGUCAGCUGUGACAGACUCAGUGUUAUCGUCAGUCAGCUGUGACAGACUCGGUGUUAUCGUCAGUCAGCUGUGACAGACUCAGUGUUAUCGUCAGUCAGCUGUGACAUGAUCUAGUGUAAUACACAAACAUACAUGUUUAUAAUUGCUGUACAAAUUGACAUCCAAGAAAUUAGUUUUUCUCUUCACUCAAGUUAAAAAAAAAAUCUGAAUUUAAUAUUGAACCUUUUGAUUGAAUGAACCAUUUCCUACAGUACAAAAGUAUCGUUAUUUGAAAUUUGUGUUCAAACUGUAAUACAAAUGAUUGUUCUGAUGAUCAGAUUGAGUGAAGAUCUAGGCAAUUUUUUGUUUUUGUUUUAUUUUCAAAAUUGAUGAUUUUGAGAGAUCUUAUUUUUUUAUUCACUUCAGAAAUAUUUAAUUGUAUAAUGAUAACUGACACAUAUCUCCAUCCGACCAAAAAUAUUAGGCAGGAAAAAAUCCCAAGUCCGAUGGCCCAGGACCAGUAAAUUUGGUCAGUGGGCAAGUAAAUAUUGGUGACUACAUGUCUGAAAGGUUUUUAAAAUUUUUACCUUUGCCUGUGUGUAAAUUAACUUGUUACAUCUGAAUCCUUGUCAAAAGAGAAAUGUCAUAAAAAAUCAAGAUUUCAAUAAUGAAUGAAAUGAAAGUUGUAAAUAAUUAAGUUUUAUCACUGAUUAACACAUCAGUUUAAUAGUUGUCAUUUUUGUUGGUAGAACACACAAUGACUGUAUAUUCCACAGUAGGCUGUAGUAUACAGAGUAUGAUACGUACGUGUGGUGAUAUUGACUGUAUAUAUGAGUAGAGUAUGAUACGUGUGGUGAUAUUGACUGUAUAUGAGAGUAGAGUAUUCCACAGUAGGAUACAGAGAGUAUGAUACGUGUGGUGAUAUUGACUGUAUAUGAGAGUAGAGUAUUCCACAGUAGGAUACAGAGAGUAUGAUACGUGUGGUGAUAUUGACUGUAUAUGUGAGUAGAGUAUUCCACAGUAGGAUACAGAGAGUAUGAUACGUGUGGUGAUAUUGACUGUAUAUGUGAGUAGAGUAUUCCACAGUAGGAUACAGAGUAUGAUAUGUGUGGUGAUAUUGACUGUAUAUGUGAGUAGAGUAUUCCACAGUAGGAUACAGAGAGUAUGAUACGUGUGGUGAUAUUGACUGUAUAUGUGAGUAGAGUAUUCCACAGUAGGCUGUAGUAUACAGAGAGUAUGAUACGUGUGGUGAUAUUGACUUUAUAUGAGAGUAGAGUAUUCCACAGUAGGAUACAGAGAGUAUGAUACGUGUGGUGAUAUUGACUGUAUAUGAGAGUAGAGUAUUCCACAGUAGGAUACAGAGAGUAUGAUACGUGUGGUGAUAUUGACUGUAUAUGAGAGUAAAGUAUUCCACAGUUGGAUACAGAGAGUAUGAUACGUGUGGUGAUAUUGACUGUAUAUGUGAGUAGAGUAUUCCACAGUAGGCUGUAGGAUACAGAGAGUAUGAUACGUGUGGUGAUAUUGACUGUAUAUGUGAGUAGAGUAUUCCACAGUAGGAUACAGAGAGUAUGAUACGUGUGGUGAUAUUGACUGUAUAUGUGAGUAGAGUAUUCCACAGUAGGAUACAGAGAGUAUGAUACGUGUGGUGAUAUUGACUGUAUAUGUGAGUAGAGUAUUCCACAGUAGGAUACAGAGAGUAUGAUACGUGUGGUGAUAUUGACUGUAUAUGAGAGUAGAGUAUUCCACAGUUGGAUACAGAGAGUAUGAUACGAGUGGUGAUAUUGACUGUAUAUGUGAGUAGAGUAUUCCACAGUAGGCUGUAGGAUACAGAGAGUAUGAUACGUGUGGUGAUAUUGACUGUAUAUGUGAGUAGAGUAUUCCACAGUAGGCUGUAGGAUACAGAGAGUAUGAUACGUGUGGUGAUAUUGACUGUAUAUGUGAGUAGAGUAUUCCACAGUAGGAUACAGAGAGUAUGAUACGUGUGGUGAUAUUGACUGUAUAUGUGAGUAGAGUAUUCCACAGUAGGAUACAGAGAGUAUGAUACGUGUGGUGAUAUUGACUGUAUAUGAGAGUAGAGUGUUCCACAGUAGGCUGUAGGAUACAGAGAGUAUGAUACGUGUGGUGAUAUUGACUGUAUAUGAGAGUAGAGUAUUCCACAGUAGGAUACAGAGAGUAUGAUACGUGUGGUGAUAUUGCUAUGGAUUUUAUGUGUGGUACCAAUAAGUUAAUCAUAUUUUUAACUCUUGUUUAAGAAUUCUUUCAGUUUAAAGUGUGCAUCCCUAUUUAAAACCAUGUACUCUUCCAUUCACACUCCCAGGCAACUUGAGUCUAAUGGAUAUUAAUAUAAAAUUGCAAUGAAAAGUUUUAUUUGUACAUAGAAUAUAUCUCAUGUGUGUGUAAAGCACCUGUUACUAUAAAUAGACAUUGUUUUACAUCA